AUGGAGGCGGGCAAGAUGGAAAAGUUCGCUUUUGCCGACCGGGGAAACGGGCUGCGCGCCUCGGCCACAUUGAGAGCUGGAGAGCUGCUCUACCGCUCGGAACCUCUGGCCUACACAGUGUCGAAGGGACGCCGGGGCGUUGUCUGUGAAUGCUGCCUGCUCGGGAAGGAGAAACUGCUACGAUGUUCUCAAUGCCAAGUUGCCAAAUACUGUAGUGCUGAGUGUCAGAAAAAAGCUUGGCCUGACCACAAACGAGAAUGCAAAUGCCUGAGAAACUGCCAGCCCAGGUACCCGCCCGACUCCGUCCGCCUUCUCGGGAGAGUGCUCGUCAAACUUAUGGAUCAAAAACCUUCUGCAUCUGAGGAACUUUACACAUUCUAUGAUCUGGAGUCAAAUAUUAACAAGCUGACUGAAGAUAAGAAAGAGGGCCUCAGGCAACUGGCAAUGACAUUUCAACAUUUCAUGAAAGAAGAAAUACAGGAUACUUCUCAGCUGCCACCUUCCUUUGAUGUUUUUGAAGCCUUUGCAAAAGUGAUCUGUAACUCCUUCACCAUCUGUGACGCCGAGAUGCAGGAAGUUGGUGUUGGCCUCUAUCCCAGUAUGUCUUUGCUCAACCAUAGCUGUGAUCCCAACUGCUCAAUAGUAUUCAGUGGGCCCUGUCUCUUCCUGCGUGCCGUGCGAGACAUCGAGGUGGGAGAAGAGCUCACCAUCUGCUACCUGGACAUGCUGAUGACAAGUGAAGAGCGCAGGAAGCAGCUGAGGGACCAGUACUGUUUUGAAUGUGACUGUAUUCGCUGCCAAACGCAGGACAAGGAUGCUGAGAUGCUAACUGGUGAUCAACAAGUGUGGAAAGACGUUCAGGAAGCCCUGAAGAAACUUGAGGAAUUGAAGGUACAGCAGAAUUGGGAAGAGGCUCUGGCGACGUGCCAGGCAAUCAUAAGGACCAGCUCAGAGUGGCUUCCCGACACCAACAUCUACCAGCUGAAGGUGCUCGACUGCGCUCUGGACACGUGUAUCCACCUGGGCCUGUGGGAGGAGGCGCUGCUGUAUGGUACCCGCACCCUGGAGCCAUACAGAAUGUUCUUCCCAGGAAACCAUCCUGUCAGAGGGGUGCAGGUGAUGAAAGUUGGCAAGCUGCAGUUGCACCAAGGCCUGUUACCCCAAGCAAGGAAGAAUCUGAGACUGGCUUUUGAUAUUCUGAGAGUGACGCAUGGUAGAGAGCACAGGCUGAUUGAAGAUCUGAUUCUUCUCUUAGAAGAAUGUGAAGCCAGCAUCAGCAUGUCAUGAGGGAGGCCAGGCAGA